UUAAUGGAUAUAUACGGUGUAAAUACCAACUAAGCUGCGGCGGAACAGAGAAGAAUACAAUGCUAUUGAAAUUAAAAAAAUAAAAAAUCAAUAAGACCAGAGAAGAGAAGAGAAGAAGAAACAGAGGGAAACCCUUUGGACGAUUAUGAAGAGGGAAGAACCAAAAACACAACCCAUUCGCCUCUCCCUCUCUUUCCAUUUUUCAUAUUCCAAUUUUCCAUUCAUUAUUAUCAUUAUUAUUAAUAUCCUUUUUAUUUAAUUUCCAAUCCUCAAAUUCAUUUCCAUUUAAUGUUUUCUCCAUCAUCCCUAUCCAUCUUUCUAAAUCACCAAUGAUGAAUUUGUAAUAAAAACUACAUUUUGAAUAAGUUUUUGUAAAAAAUAUAGUUUUUUUUUAAAAAAAAUAUUUUUUCAUACAUGUUUUUGAAUGUGCUCGAUCAAUUUGGUUAAUUUUUUCCUAUUUGAUUGUAUUUAAUAAUUAAUGUAAAAUAUUUUGUAAAUAAAUGCAUAUGCAUGUAAUGUGGUGAUUAGAACAAAAACAAAACAAGUUGAGAUUUUUGUGUCAAAGAUUGAUUCUUCUAGGUUGUUUUUAUAUGAUGAAGCUUGUGGUUCAAGUGGUUGAGGCAAAAAAUUUGGUGGGUUUGGAUUCCAAUGGUUUUAGUGAUUUAUUUGUGCGGUUAAAGAUGGGAAAGCAAAAGUUUAGGACAAAGGCGAUAAAGAAGAAUUUGGAACCAAAGUGGAAUGAACAAUUCAAUUUAUGGGUUGAUGAUCUUAAAGAAAAACUUGUUAUCUCUGUCAAGGGUGAAGAUAAGUUCAUUCAUAAUCAUUUGAUUGGAAGAGUUAAAUUCCCAAUUUCACUUGUUUUUGAUGAGGAAAUUAAAUCUCUUGGCAAUGCUUGGUACACUUUGAAACCCAAAAACAAGAAGAAGCACAAGAAUAAAGAAUGUGGUGAGAUUAAUUUGAGUAUAUUCCUUUCUCAAAAUAAUGCAUCUUCAGAACAAAAUGUUUCUAGUGAUCAAUUAUCAAGUCUAAGAAAAUACAGUGAUGCAAGUACAUGUUCUCCUUCGCAAUCAUUUUCGCAAUCAUCCAAUGGCCGUUCAAACUCGUCUUCUCCUGUAAGGGAAGAAAUUACAUCUUCAAAAGAUGAGAAAAAUAGUUCACAAAAAUCGUUUGCUGGCCGACUUUGUCAAAUAUUUAGUAGUAAAGGUUCUGAUGUGUCUUCAAUUUCACCCAGUACAAGCAUGGAAUUGGACCGAUCCGAACCAGAUAAAGUUGAAGUUGACGAUAUCAAAACUGAGGAUCAGUCCCCUAAUGAAACUUUUGAAGAAUCUGUGAAAAAAAUGCAGUCUGCAGAUCAAGGAAGUGAAAUUCCUAGCAAUUUACCUGGAGGGGUUGUUAUGGACCAACUAUAUAUUAUUGCAACGGAAGACUUGAAUGUAUUACUAUUUUCACCCAAUUCAAAUUUUGCCAAAUCAUUAGCAGACAUACAAGGUACUACAGAACUACAAAUGAGUCCUUGGAAGUUAGAGAAUGACAAUACGAGUUUGAAACGAUCAGUUACAUACCUCAAGGCUGCCACAAAAUUAAUUAAGUCUGUCAAAGCCUAUGAAGAACAAACAUAUUUAAAAGCCGAUGAAAAGAACUUUGCUGUUCUGGCAAGUGUUAGCACUCCAGAUGUUAUGUAUGGAAGCACCUUCAAGGCAGAAGUACUUUAUGUGAUCACACCCGGACCAGAGUUGCCAUCGGGAGAGCAAUGUUCACGUCUGGUGAUAUCAUGGAGAAUGAACUUCUUACAAAGCACCAUGAUGAAAGGAAUGAUAGAAAAUGGAGCGCGACAAGGUAUGAAGGAAUCCUUUGAUCAGUAUGCCACUCUGUUAUCUCAGACGGUUAAGCCUGUUGACUCAAAGGAUCUUGGUUCCACCAAGGAACAAGCUUUGGCAUCGUUAAAGGCAGAUCCCCAAUCAGAUUUGAAGUUAGCAAUGCAGUAUUUUGCUAAUUUUACAUUCAUCUCAACUUUCUUAAUGGGGUUGUAUGUUCUUAUCCACAUGUGUCUGGCUGCACCUACCACGAUUCAAGGGCUUGAGUUUUUUGGACUUGACUUGCCAGAUUCAAUUGGUGAAUUUGUUGUUUGUACACUUUUGGUUCUUCAAGGGCAACGCAUGUUGAGUUUGAUCUUACGUUUCAUGCGAGCUAGAGCACGGAAGGGUAGUGAUCAUGGAAUUAAAGCACAAGGAGAUGGAUGGCUACUAACUGUGGCCUUAAUUGAAGGAAGCAAUAUAGCUGCUGUUGAUUCUACUGGACUUUGUAAUCCAUAUGUUGUUUUUACUUGCAAUGGAAAAACAAGAACUAGCUCAAUCAAGUUCAACAAAUCUGAUCCUUUAUGGAAUGAAAUAUUUGAAUUUGAUGCAAUGGAUGACCCUCCUUCUGUGUUGGAUGUGAUAGUUUAUGAUUUUGAUGGACCGUUUGAUGAAGCUGCAUCUUUAGGACAUGCCGAAAUCAAUUUCCUUAAAACAAACAUAUCAGAUCUUGCUGAUUUAUGUGUUUCUCUUGAAGGAAAGUUAGCUCAGGCAUGCCACACUAAAUUGAACUUAAAAAUUUUCUUGGACAACACUAGAGGUGGGAAUGUUGUAAAACACUAUAUAAGUAAAAUGGAGAAAGAAGUGGGGAAGAAGAUUAAUUUGCGAUCUCCUCAAACAAAUUCAGCCUUUCAGAAACUCUUUGGACUUCCACCGGAGGAAUUUCUCAUCAAUGAUUUCACAUGUCAUUUGAAAAGAAAAAUGCCCCUACAGGGCCGUCUAUUUGUUUCAGCAAGAAUACUUGGAUUUCAUGCAAAAUUGUUUGGACACAAGACAAAAUUCUUUUUGCUUUGGGAGGACAUCGAAGACAUUCAGGUCGUUCCUCCUACAUUUUCAUCAAUGGGUAGUCCAAUAAUUGUCAUAACUAUUCGUCAAGGAAGAGGUGUGGAUGCAAAGCAUGGUGCAAAAACACAAGACGAACAAGGCAGACUCAAGUUCCAUUUCCAGUCUUUUGUGUCUUUCAAUGUUGCAAACAGGACUAUCAUGGCUCUCUGGAAGGCCAGAUCUUUGAGUAUUGAACAAAAAGUCCAAUUAGUUGAAGAUGACCCUGAUAAUGAAAGCAUUACUAGUGAAGAGAGUGGAACGUUCCUUGUCAGCGAUGAUAUUAGCAUGUCUGAGGUUCAUUCUUGUGCUCUUCCAGUUCCUGUCAGUUUCUUUAUGGAGUUAUUCAGUGGGGGUGAGUUGGACUGUAGGGUCAUGGAAAAAUCUGGUUGUGUGAGUUAUUCUUAUACCCCUUGGGUAUCCGAGAACAACGAUGUAUAUGAAAGGGCGGUAUAUUACAAAUUUGAGAAGCGUAUUUCACGUUAUAAAGUUGAAGUAACAAGUACUCAACAAAAAUCUCUUUUGGAGGGAAAGGGUUGGCUUGUAGAAGAGGUUAUGAACUUCCAUGGAGUUCCUCUUGGUGAUUAUUUUAAUUUGCACCUUCGCUAUCAAAUUGACGAUUUACUCCCAAAAGGAAAGGGAUGUAAAGUUCAAGUAUUAUUUGGAAUUGAAUGGUUGAAAAAUACAAAACAUCAGAAAAGGAUUACAAAGAACAUUUUAAAAAAUCUACAAGAAAGACUAAAGUUGACCUUUAGUUUAGUUGAGAAGGAGUUUCUUGAAAAAUAGGCAAGGAAUCAUAUUGAAUUUAGCCUUUGUAUAAUCAGAAAUCUAGCUAAUAUUCUCACAGCAUCACAAUCCUAACUCCAGCCACCUAAUAAUUACAAACAUGUAAAACUUGCUAGUGCUAAUAUCUGCAUUUGGUGUUGAUCUCGUGGUCUGAAUGUCAUCUAUGUCGCGUCACUUCAUCUCUUUCAAUGGUGAUAAAAUUACAGCUAAAUGAUGCUGAUCAUUUGGCUAAAAAGAUGUUGAUUCGACUCGGUUAAUGAUUGGAGAUAUUCCUAAUUGUUAUGUUGUAAAUGACAGGUUAGAGUCUAGCAUUGAUAGAAAUCAAAAUUUAGGGUCUUUUGUGUAUUAUAAGUUGGCAUCUGUCAAUAAGAGUCUUGUCCUGUAUGUUGUAUCAUAUAUAGCUACUGAUUUCUUUUCCUCCAAAGUAUAGGAAAUUUUGUAAAAGAAGUUUUGAUGGACAUUACUUGUAAGUGAUUAUUUGGAUAUAGGUACUCCAUCAUGUAUAUCCCAAUUUCCUAUUAGAUUUCAAUUUAUUUUUCAAAACACAAUCAGAAUUAUAUGUAUGUAGGCCUAGCCUACCACAUAUAAGAUGUUUUUGUUAUUAUUUUUGUUAUAAUAACACAAUACGGCCCAUAUUAAUGUAAUUUUUUUAUCAAUAAAAUAGGUUAUAUAGUCCA